AUGGGUCCCAGAGUUUCAUCUCCUGAUCACUUAACAGAGUCAGAAAGUGAAGAAGAAGAAUGAUGGGAUUUCUCUGAAGAAGAAGACCCCAUGAUGCCCAACCUAACACCUCUUGAGAGUCUUUCCUGCCAGGUUAAAGACCUUUUAAAAUAUUCUAAAAUGAAAUCUUUAGAUCUCAACUCUUGGUUGUGUCAUGCUGAACUCUUCUCUUAAAACAAUCCAGUCCACAAACCUCAAAGGACAGGUCUAAGACUCUCCCAUUGUGUCCCCAAACUAGAACCAGUUCCUGAAUGGCCCCCUCUAGCCUCUUGUGGGGUGCUACCUUUUCAAAAGCCCCUUAAAAGUCCCAGCCAGCUCACUAGACAUCAUGCUGCUCCAGGAACAUUACAGUUUGCCAACAAACAGCUAAUGCGAACAUUGAGUAGAGCCCUGUCCAAACAUGGGUAUGUAAAUCAUUUCUCUAACUCUGACAUUUCUUCUUGUCGCUGUGACUGCCUGACAAAGGCAGUUAAAGAAACAGCCUGCACUGAAUUUUUUCACACAUUUCCUACUACUGAUCUCCAGAAGGCAGUUAACAAACUCCUGACUGCUUCAUGA